CAUAUCUUGUUCUGAUCCGAAGUGAACCGCAGUUGUGGACGAGGCAGCAGUUACACGAAAAAUUUGCUUAAAAUAAUUCACGUGCCGAUUAUAUCUUCCAUAUUUCAAAAAACACUCGCUCGACACAAAACAUACGCGAGUGACAUCUACGAGUAGAGUCGUAACAAGGUCAAGAGGUAUUUAAAAAUUUUGGGUGGCGAUAUCUUGCAUGAAUUAAAAAAAAAGAUCAAGCAAAAAUGUCCGGAAUCACAGCUCUGGCGCGCCGGCUACAAUGUCUGACUACAGAUGCAAGACCGGAUCCACCGAGAAUUAUUGCAGAAGAAAAUUUAAAUGUGCCACCUACAGAGAUUAAACAAAAAUCAGUACCAGCAACUCCUGAACCCGAUGAUACAAGAAACAGUACGCCAGAAGUUAAAAGACAAACAUCUGAAUCGAAUACAUCGAUACCUCAACCUGAGCUUCUAAAUCCAGAAAACUCUGGUUCUGCUCGAAGUUUCAAAUCGGAAACAAGAUCUAGGAGUCCUCGAGGCUAUGCCAAAUCGAAACGCAAAACAUCACCCAAAGCAAAUAUUGUGAAUUAUAAUAUAAUUAAUGGAACUGGAAUCAACAUUGGUCCAAAGGUGACUUAUGUUUCGAAGGUGACUCAUCAGUAUGGGGAAAAUAGGAAAACAAAUUCUGAAGGGUUUCCUCAAAAACCAAAGUUUAAACCAAUGCCGCAUGAUGUCAUGGAAAUUAGUAAGAGUAAAAAAGAAAUUAGCAGAGAUGAUAUGCUUGUAAUAAAAUCACAUAUUGGAUACGGGUGGCGUGACGUAGCAAGAAAAUUAGGCUAUUCAGAGGGGCAAGUUGAACAAUUUGAAGAAAAUUAUAAAGACAACGGCAUUGCCGAGGUCGUCUAUAAACUACUUCUCGACUGGAAACAAGCUAAGGCAGAAGACGCUCAGUUGGGUCAGUUGAUUUCUAUAAUUUGGUCAUGUCGAGAGUACGAUUGUGCUGAACAAUUAGCAGAUUCCUACAACAAACCUGCUUAACCGACUGAAUCUUUUAUGAUAAAAAUAAUUCCUCAUUUCUGUUAUACAUAGCCUAUUAAUUGAGCUGUAUGUCGAAUGAAUGAUUUUUAUACAAGCCCGAUAAAUGCUAUUGGUAUGCGUUUUUUAUCAAACAUAUGGCAAAUUAUUUUAUAACAUAUGUUCAACUUUUAUACUAAUUACAUAUAAACAUAACUAAUGUUUCUGGUGCAAUAUGCGUCAAUGUUAAAGUCCCAGUUGGGUGUAAAUAUUGUAAUUUUGAGCAAUAAUUUGUUUGACGAAUUUUUCGUGAAAAUGAUAUCCGUGUAUAACGAAUAGUGUAGAGCAAUCGUGCGAUACUUAAAUUUUGGAAUUGAAGGAAAACUGAUUCCUAAUUAUUGCAGUUACAUUGUGCGCCAUUCAAGCAUUCCAGCCAUGUAUACUAUAGAGUGUUACGUUUACAGGUAUAUGUUUACAUACAUUCUUUAUUGUUGUCUUGAAAUUUGAAAAAUGUAUAUAUAAGGCAUACAUGUAUGCAAUAAAAAAAAAAUAGUUGGUUUGGA